UGCUAUAGUCGCUCGGCUGUGCUUGCUUUUUGCUUUUUCAGACCUGAAGUGAUGCUUGACCUAGGAGGUUCUACUACUCUGCAGAGGCGGUCUUCUACGCAGGUAUCCAACAUGUCAAAGGGAACAAUUACACAGUCGUCGUCGCGUUUGCUAUGUGCGUCAAACGAUGACCGACCGCAAUCAAAGGACCUUCAAGAUCUCUUUUCCGCCCUCCUCGCCAGUCUUCUCCCUCUCGUCCCUCAUCGCGUCCGCUUCAUCAAGAUUGAACACACAUUCCUCGCCGAAGAUGCUAUCCACAACCUCGGCAAUCUCAAACUUACCCAGUCAAAUCGUAUGCCUGAUCCUAGCAACCCAUCGGGCACCGUCGUCUCCACCUCCACGACAACCUUCUCCAUGAACAAGAACACAGCCCGAAAUUUGUGUCAGCAAUUCGUCGAUGCUCGAUAUAUCGAGUCUGCCGAUGGAAAGCCUGAUCAAGUAUUCCAACAAAGAGGCGGAGUAUGGAGACCAACGUCCAAGGGUAUCAUGAUCUUUGACUGGUUCUGUCAAUCGAAUGGCCUUUACCAGGAUCAACUGAGCGAGCUGCAUUGCCUCAUCACAGGACCCUUAUUGCAUCUGGAGCGAGAUGUCAAGACAGAUACGUGCCAUGUCGAUCGAGCCACCACUGAGGUUGUCUUCUGUCGAUUGAUCGGUGUUGACGGACGAGGCAAGAAGGGGCCUUACUCAGAGGGUGCAGCAGGUAUCCGACUUCAGCCAGAACGCAAGGUAAAUGGCAAGACAUACCAUGAUACUUGCACUGGCCAAGUCAUCGCUGAGUGGCUACGAGACAACACGACAUGCGUCGAUCUGCGAGAAGCCGUCAACCUAGCAACUCACUUCGUGCACUACAACCUCAUCGAGUCAGUUACAACAGACAUGGCCUACAUGAAUCAAUUCGCCCCCUGCAAACUCUUCCAACCUACCCCCAUCGCCAUCUAUCAACUCUCCCAACGCGGUCAAGACCUUGUUGAGACUAGCUCAUCGAGUCGCUGCUCAUCACAAGGCAAGACAGACUCAUCAUCAGCAAAGGGCGGUGUCAACGAGAGCAAUCGACACAAGCUUGAGAAAAUCCUCCUCGACCCUACGCUGCGAUUGUUGUUCCGUGAGAACCUUCGAGAGACUUAUUGUGAAGAGAGUCUCGCAUUCUACGAGCAGGCUGACGAGAUCAUUCGGGACUCUAAGGCCAUGCUUGAGACGAUGCUAAAGGAUAAGAAGGGCGAUGACGCGGCGAACGAGCUUCUUUCUCAAGCGCAUGUUGUUUUCAACACCUUUCUCGCACCUGGGUCACCGCGAGAGGUCAACGUUAACCAUAAGAUCCGAUCAAGUCUUGCUCAACGAAUGACCAAGGCUCAGGCUCUUGAUGCCACGGUAGCAGAUACCUUGAAAGAGGUGACAUCGCUAUUGGAGACUGCACAGGAUGCCGUCUUCAAACUCAUGGCCACUGACUCUGUGCCCAAGUUUCUCAACAACCCAGCAGCCGAAAGCCGACUUGUUCAGGCUGGCGUGCGAUGAUACCCUCAAAACUUUUCGGAGAUGGAUGUUCGAUAUAAUACAGCGAGCGAGCAAAGCUACACCAACCACAUUACCAUUAUUCUAAUGUUUUUAUUUCCUUUGUCGCAUAGCAAUUGUACGAUGGCCGGAAAUGAUUCCCCCCAUAGAUUAAGAUAGACGGAGGUUUUAGGCAGAGCUGACUGUAUGUCAUACUGCCGGGGACUGUUGAAGGGCUGUGUUACUUGGCAUAACGCAUACUACAUAAAUUUAGAUAAGGCUGUGAGCAUCAAUGCAAGAUUUUUGAGCCCCUCCA